AUGAAUGAGGUGGAGCUAAUGAAUAUAAUAUUGCUGCUAUUAUCAGUAUCAUUAUUACCUAUCACUGUUAAUGGUUUAUCUGUACCACGACACCCGCAGCAAAUUAAGCAGGUAACAAUACAGGUCAACGGCUAUAAACCAACAAUUGAUGAUGACUACAUAGCAGUAUCUAUGCCUAUUGAACCCGGAUAUAUUGUUCGUUUUGAACCGUUCGCAGAUGCUGACCGUGUUCAUCAUAUAUUGCUGUACGGUUGUACUUCUCCGGCUUGGUUAAAGCCAUUUUGGAAAGGAUAUGAUGUGUGCCGAAACUUCGAUUCACAUAUUUUAUAUGCAUGGGCAAGAAAUGCACCCGAUUUGCAUUUACCGCAAGAUGUUGCGUUCAGCGUUGGACAUAAUUCCGAUCCUAUAAAAUAUUUAGUAAUGCAAGUGCAUUAUGCACAUCCAUUCGUAGGCAAAGUAUCAGACUAUUCCGGUAUUACCUUGCAUAUGAUUGAUGAAAGGCCUAGUCGUUUAGCUGCUGUAUUACUUUUCAUAUCUGGUACUUCAAUUCAACCUGGAUUUUCUCAUUUUCAAACGAAUAUAAGCUGUUUAUACAACAGUGAUAUACCGAUUCAUCCAUUUGCAUUCCGUACGCAUACGCACGCCAUGGGACAACUUGUUUCAGCAUAUUAUAAGCAUUCUGAUAAAUGGAUAAUGAUUGGUAAACGAAAUCCGCAAUGGCCUCAGUUAUUUCAACCGAUUGAAACAAAUCUGACUAUUGUAAAUAAUGAUUUAUUGGCUGCUAUUUGCGUUUACGAUUCAUCAAUGAAAAAAUCUGUUGUUCGAAUGGGGAGAACGGGUGCGGAUGAAAUGUGUAAUUUUUAUAUGAUGUUUUACUGGGAUGCUACAUCACCGAAUCCUUUUCCAGAUGGAGCAAUGUGUGCUGCACAAGACAGACAGAAGCUUGUGAGCGAAGAAUAUCCAAUUGAAGGCAUAACCCCUCUUCAACCCCAUCCAGAUUGGGAGCUUGAAGCGCAUCAAAGCAAAUCAUUUGGAGUUAUUGAAAGAAUGGUAACAACAUCUGUUGAUGGCAUUAAGCUUGGACAAGUCUCUGCGCUUAGUUUCGAUUCAUUUGGAAAUUUAAUUAUAUUGCAUCGUGGUAGUCGCGUUUGGGAUUCGAUGUCAUUUGAUGUGGAGAACAAUUUGCAAGAUAAAAGACCUAUUGCCGAAGAUGUGAUUUUAAUUACACAUUCAAAUGAAUCAAAUGGGACACUAUCUUUACGUAACAAAUAUGGCCGUGAAAAAUUCUACAUACCACAUGGUCUAGCAGUUGAUCAACAAAAUGAUUAUUACACAACUGACGUUGGCUCUCAUCAAGUCAUCAAGUGGUCACUUUCACAUGGUUCACUAUCGCAAGUUUUUGCAUUGGGUGAAAAAUUUGUCCCUGGCGAUGAUCAGAAACAUUUUUGCAAACCAGCAGGUAUUGCGGUCACUGUGGAUGGAAGUAUCUUUGUCGCUGACGGCUACUGCAAUAAUCGAAUCAUGAAAUUCGAUCGAAAUGGACAAUUCUUAACCCAGUGGGGACAGUCAAGUUAUAAUAGUAUGACUAUAUCGAGCCUGCAUCUGGGGAUCUUUUCGCUUCCACAUGAUAUUGUAUCAAAUAAUGAUGGUUCAUUGUUAUAUGUUUCUGAUCGUGAAAAUGCUCGAAUACAAAUAUUUCGGAGUAAUGGACAGGCAGUAGGCCAGAUUGUUAAUCCAAAAACCGGCACAGCAUUCUCGAAUAUUUAUUCAGCUGAUUACCACAAUAAUAUACUAUACUUUAUUCCCGGUAGACAACAAAAUAGUCAAUCUAUACAUGUAUUCAGUGCACAUGCAGAAGCUGCGCGAGUACAGUAUUCAUUUGAACCAACAAAUCAUAUGUUCAAUCGACCACACACAAUUCGGGUUUCCAAGGAUGGACGAUAUAUUUAUGUUGGAGAAUUAGGUCAAAAUGGUGGUCGAGUGUUACAAUUUAUGAUAAAUCGCGAUUGGGAUCAAGUUGAGAAUGGUAUUGGUUUAUCACAUUUUGAAAUAUAUCGAACUUCACAGAUCUCGAUUUCUGUAACACUUUUGGUUGUAUUUAUUGCUGUGCCAAUAUUGAUCUUUUUUACAUAUAAACGAAAGAAGUUUAUGCGAAUUGGAAAACACUAUUCAGUUUUAAAUCGUGCGGGCUUCAAGCCUCUACGAACGGAUGAUUCGGAGACAUCAAAUGACGAUUCAGAUAAUGAUGUUAUUUCUUCUCUGCAAAAAAAUAAUAGGCUUUAG